UAUACGGAAUCUGGAGGAAAUAAAAGAUCAAACUUUAGCGGAUCCGCAGGCCGCGAUAUAAAUUAAACUCCAAUGUUUUCCGUCGGUUUAGUAAGCGAAGAGACGCGAAUUCAAUAGCAUCGAAUGUAAUAAAUACGAAGUCAGCAAACGCGGCUAUAGUUCCGGUAUCGAGAUCUGUGAUUUUAAGCUGUCGGUGUAUUGCAAUAAGGUAGCAAGCAUGAGUUUUGCAGUAACGAAGAUGUUUAAAACGACACUGUUAGUGAGCAUAGUGUUAGUGAACGUGUGCAGCACUCUAGGUACGCAAAGAACCGUUUACAGGGCGGGAGACGAGUUGGUGGAAAUAACUCGAACCAAAGUAACGAACCCAUACUCGCCGCUCUACUCCUAUUAUGCGUACAGUAGUGCACCACAGUAUGGUAAUGACCGAUCGGAUGUGGUGUAUUAUACCUACCCAAACGAAGUGACUACCACGCAGAACGCCGUCAAUCGGCGCGUACUAUCGGGAGAACCAUCUCAAGCUCAAGGAUGUGCACGAAACCCGUGCGGUGUGGGCGCCAUGUGUCAAGAAACAACCGGUGGCAGACCGGUGUGUUCAUGCCCGGCAGGAUACAGCGGAAACCCGUUAACACACUGCAGGAGAUCUGAAUGUCUUGAUCAUACCGAAUGCCGUGGCGACCAAGCUUGCCAAAGCGGAAACUGCGUUAAUCCCUGCUCGGGAGUAUGCGGUGUGAAUGCAAACUGUGAUGUCAGGAAUCAUGUUCCAGUAUGCAGUUGCCCAAGAAAUAUGGCUGGAGAUCCAUUUGUGAACUGCCGUCUCAGGGAUCCAGAGGAGCAGUGCCGCCCAAGUCCAUGUGGAUCAAAUACCAAAUGCGAAGUAAUCAAUAGUGUACCAACGUGUUCCUGCUUACCUGGUUACAUUGGUUCUCCGUUAUCGGGCUGUCGCCAUGAGUGCGAAAGCGACGCAGAGUGUGGAGCUCAGGAGUUCUGUUCGCAGUUCAAAUGUACCAACGCAUGCUCACAAUGUGGCAAAGGUGCGACUUGUGCGCGUGUUACAAACCAUCGGUCGGUGUGCGAAUGCCCGAAGGGAUACAUCGGAAGCCCGUACACGGAAUGCCGUGCCGAAUGUUAUGGCGACCGUGACUGCCCCGCUGGUAGACCAGCCUGCAUCUACGGCGUAUGUAAGAAUCCGUGCGACGGAUCUUGUGGAGUAAAUGCCGAUUGCAACCUUCGGGGACUCACGCCGGUGUGCAGUUGUCCACGCGACAUGACGGGAGAUCCCUUCGUGAGCUGUCGACCAUUCACGAAAGAAGAUUUGUGCAUUCCGAACCCAUGUGGAACGAACGCAGUAUGCACUCCAGGCUACGACCGCACGAAUCGUGAACGGCCAGUUUGUACUUGUCCACCUGGAUACACAGGCAAUGCACUCUCCAAUUGCGUCAGGGGUGAAUGCCAAAGCGACAGCGAGUGCUCUGACCACAGAGCUUGUAUCAACUACCAAUGCGUCGAUCCCUGCCGUGGACAAUGUGGAACGGGAGCACAAUGCCAAGCCAAGAGACAUUUGGCAGUUUGUACCUGCCCUGCUGGCACCGAUGGAGAUGCACUAGUUUCUUGCAGAGCGACAAAGAGUUACCCAGUUGCUCGUUACCACUGAGAGUACAAUCAUGAAUGGCUUGAUUUUUUUUUUCAAUUCAGUUAUACUAACAUAUCUGAAGAAAUGAUUUUUGAAUUGAAAAUAUAACUCAGAUUCCUAACAAUAAAAUGUACUUGUGGAGUGUUAA